AUGAGGCGGGGAAACGGAGCACCGAAUCGCGGUGGGGGGAAACAGAGAACGUCCGAGGCCAUGGCGGGCGUGUUCGACAUAGACCUGGACCAGCCCGAGGACGCCAUUUCGGAUGAUGAGUUGGAGGACGGGGUGGUGCUUUUAAAGGUCAUCACUUCAGUUACCCAGCAGGGCACCAUAAGUGAAUUUAUGGACCAUGGAAACAUAUCCUACGAACUUGGUAUGGAACAUUGUGAGAAGUUUGAGAUCUCAGAAACCAGUGUGAACAGAGGGCCAGAAAAGAUCAGACCAGAAUGUUUUGAGCUACUCCGAGUACUUGGAAAAGGUGGCUAUGGCAAGGUUUUUCAAGUAAGAAAAGUAGCUGGAGCUCAUACUGGAAAAAUAUUUGCCAUGAAAGUUCUAAAAAAGGCUAUGAUUGUAAGAAAUGCAAAAGACACGGCACACACAAAAGCUGAGCGGAAUAUCUUAGAAGAAGUAAAACAUCCUUUCAUUGUGGACUUGAUCUAUGCCUUUCAAACUGGUGGAAAACUCUACCUCAUUCUGGAGUAUCUUAGCGGUGGGGAGCUCUUCAUGCAGCUGGAAAGGGAAGGAAUAUUUAUGGAAGAUACAGCUUGCUUUUACUUGGCUGAGAUCUCAAUGGCUUUGGGACAUUUGCAUCAAAAAGGAAUAAUAUAUCGUGAUCUGAAACCAGAGAACAUCAUGCUAAAUCAUCAAGGGCAUGUGAAAUUAACAGACUUUGGCCUUUGUAAGGAAUCCAUUCAUGAUGGCACAGUCACUCAUACUUUUUGUGGGACAAUUGAGUACAUGGCUCCUGAAAUUUUAAUGAGAAGUGGACAUAAUCGAGCAGUUGAUUGGUGGAGUUUGGGAGCCCUCAUGUAUGACAUGCUAACUGGAGCACCACCUUUUACUGGUGAAAACAGAAAAAAGACCAUUGACAAAAUCCUAAAGUGUAAACUAAACUUACCCCCCUACCUCACACAAGAAGCCAGGGAUUUACUUAAAAAGCUGCUAAAAAGAAAUGCUGCCUCUCGUCUUGGAGCAGGAGCUGCAGAUGCUGGGGAUGUACAGGCUCACCCAUUUUUUAGGCACAUCAGCUGGGAAGAUCUUUUAGCCCGUAAAGUGGAGCCUCCCUUUAAACCGCUUUUGCAAUCUGAAGAAGAUGUAAGCCAGUUUGAUUCAAAGUUUACACGUCAGACUCCUGUAGACAGUCCAGAUGAUGCCACUCUCAGUGAAAGUGCCAAUCAAGUAUUUGUGGGUUUUACUUAUGUGGCUCCCUCUGUGCUGGAAAGUGUGAAAGAGAAGUUUUCCUUUGAACCAAAAAUUCGGUCUCCUCGUAGAUUUAUUGGAAGUCCUCGAACACCUGUCAGCCCUGUGAAAUUCUGUCCUGGUGACUUCUGGGGAAGAGGAACAGCUGCUGGAGCAACAAAUACACAACCACCAGCUGAUUUCCGAAUGGAAACAAGUGGCGUAGAACAAAUGGAUGUGACUGUAAGCGGAGAGGCUUCUGCCCCACUACCAAUAAGACAAUCCAAUGCUGCGCCAUACAAAAAACAAGCCUAUCCCUUGAUCCCUAAGCGACCAGAACAUCUACGCAUGAAUCUAUGA